CAACUUCAGCCCUUUUCGGGUCGACGACUAUCCACUAUACAUAGAUACUCGGAUGAUAUGGCGGGUUCUUCUCUCCCUCUAGUCCCCCGCAUAUGUCACACAAAGUAUAUUAAUUAUAGAAAUUUCCACGACAGUGAGGUUUGAUGAAAAGGAGAUGAAAGGGACGGGAGUGUAAGUGGCGUUCAUUCAACUGUACUCUAAAAUAAUACAAAAAGGGCUGGGCAAAGGCUUGGUUGUGUUCAAAACAGUUCGAUCCUUUCUUCUUCGUCUUCAUUCGUUCCUUGGCUUGUGUCGGGGAGUUUUCGAGAACGUGACUUUUUACGUGGAGCAGGUCUUCUUCUUCUUCUUCUUUUCUUGGAUUUACGUUCUAUUCCCACCACUUGCCAUUCCCUUUAUAGACGAGUUUUUAUUCGAGUUGAGCGGAUUCGUUUUCUGUUUGGAUUUCAGAAACUAUUUUUCUUUGACUUCCUUCGUUCGCACAACAACAAACGAAGAAGCAUUUCGAGAAUAGAUCGGAUCGUUUCCCAAGAGAUUUUAUUUUAUAGAUCUGUUCUUGGAAGAAUUCCUGCACCAUGAGAUUUGUCAUUGGUUUGGUGGCUGUUGCCACGGUUGCCCACGGCUUGUCGAGCCCUCGUGUCGUUGCGAGGAGGGGAGCGCCGGUUCAUGCGCUCGCUGCGGUUUCUGCGGCUUCACCUGCUGCUACUGCCGCUGCUGAAGCAACUCCUCCAGCUCCUCCAGCGCCACCCGCUGGAAACCCUCCUCCACCGCCUCCACCGGUAGAUGCCGCUGCUGCUAAUGGAACCGCACCUCCCCUCCCACCUCCUCCUCCCGCAGACCUCGCCGCAAAUGGCACCGCACCUCCGCCACCACCACCUCCUCCAGCUGUUGAUGCAGCAGCCUUGAAUGGAACUGCACCACCUCCACCUCCCCCACCGCCGCCAAUGAUGGCGGUAGACGCUGCAGCUCAACCUCCUCCUCCACCUCCUCCUCCAGCAGCAAAAGCAAAAGCAGCAAAAGCAUCAGCCGCAGCAGCGAGUGGAGCUGCUGCACCACCACCACCACCUCCACCACCAGCCGCUGCGAACGGAACUGCUCCGCCACCACCUGAUGCCAAAGGAAAGGGCAAGGCUAAAGCUAAAGGAUCCGCCAUGCCUCCUCCACCACCCGCUGCUUCUGGUGCAGCCCCACCACCACCGCCCGCUGCUCCUCCUGCUCCGCCUGCUGAUGCUGCCGGCUCUGCGGGUUCUGGCGCCAGCUCAUCGUCUGGCUCGGGCUCUGCCUCAUCUUCUAGUGGAAGCUCCUCGUCUGGUGGCAGCUCGUCAUCCGGCUCGAGUUCAUCCUCUGACGCUCGUAAGAGACGCGUGGCUAAGACUAAGCUAAGGAAAGUCCGCUCUUGGAUGAGCAAGGAAUAGGGAUGUAUAGACGAUACGCUGCACGUUUGAUUCGUCGCGAUGGAGACAUUCAAUAGACAGACGUGAGCGGAGGAGGAAGAAGAAGAAGAUACACUUAAAGUGAGAGGGCGUUUUCUUUGUUGCUUGUUACGUACAAUGGGCUGGCAGGUCCCAAUUUGUAUAUUGGCUCGGGCUUGUGCGUCACUGUCGUUACGGCUGGUACA